GAGACCAGCUGCGCACCUGGAAAGUUACCCGCAGUUUGCCGAGGUCCCAGGGCAACAUGGGAAAUGGUUCCGUGAAACCCAAACAUUCCAAGCAUCCAGAUGGCCACGCUGGGAACCUCAGCGCUGAUGCCCUGCGGAGCAAGGUGGUGGAGCUGGAGAGAGAGCUGAGGAGGAAGGAUGCUGAGAUCCAAGAGCGAGAGUACCAUCUGAAGGAGCUGCGGGAGCAGCUGUCGAAGCAGACUGUGGCCAUUGCUGAGCUCACAGAGGAGCUCCAGAGCAAGUGCAUCCAGCUGAACAAGCUUCAGGAUGUGGUGCACGUGCAGGGAGGAAGCCCGCUCCAAGCCUCCCCAGAGAAGGUGCCUCUGGAGGUGCACCGGAAGACCUCGGGAUUGGUCUCUCUUCACAGCAGGAGGGGAGCGAAGGCAGGGGUGUCUGCUGAGCCAACAACCCGGACCUAUGACCUCAACAAACCCCCCGAGUUUUCCUUUGAGAAAGCGAGGGUCAGGAAGGACUCCAGUGAAAAGAAGCUCAUUACUGAUGCCCUUAAUAAAAACCAGUUUCUGAAGAGACUGGACCCUCAGCAGAUCAAAGACAUGGUGGAGUGUAUGUAUGGGAGAAGCUAUCAGCAAGGCAGCUAUAUCAUUAAGCAAGGAGAGCCAGGAAACCAUAUUUUCGUGCUGGCUGAGGGUCAACUAGAGGUAUUCCAAGGAGAGAAGUUUCUGUCAUCCAUCCCUAUGUGGACCACAUUUGGGGAACUAGCCAUUUUAUACAACUGUACAAGGACCGCCUCUGUGAAAGCUGUUACCAAUGUUAAAACGUGGGCACUAGAUCGAGAGGUUUUCCAGAACAUCAUGAGGAGGACAGCCCAAGCUAGAGAUGAACAGUACAGAAACUUCCUCCGAAGUGUAUCCUUGCUGAAGAAUUUACCUGAAGAUAAACUAACCAAGAUCAUUGACUGCUUGGAAGUGGAGUACUAUGACAAAGGGGAUUAUAUCAUUAGAGAGGGUGAGGAAGGAAGUACCUUUUUCAUUUUGGCCAAAGGGAAGGUGAAAGUCACGCAGAGUACCGAGGGUCAUGAUCAACCACAGCUGAUAAAAACAUUGCAGACAGGAGAAUACUUUGGAGAGAAAGCUCUGAUCAGUGAUGAUGUGAGGUCUGCUAACAUUAUUGCUGAAGAAAAUGAUGUUGCAUGCCUGGUGAUCGACCGAGAAACAUUCAGCCAAACCGUCGGGACAUUUGAAGAACUCCAAAAAUACCUUGAGGGGUAUGUGGCAAACCUGAACCGUGAUGAUGAAAAAAGACAUGCGAAGCGGUCCAUGUCUAACUGGAAGCUGUCCAAAGCACUGUCUCUGGAGAUGAUUCAGCUGAAGGAGAAGGUGGCCAGAUUUUCCUCCUCAUCCCCCUUCCAGAACCUUGAGAUUAUCGCAACACUGGGCGUUGGUGGGUUCGGAAGAGUUGAGCUUGUUAAGGUAAAAAAUGAGAAUGUUGCCUUUGCUAUGAAAUGCAUAAGGAAGAAGCACAUAGUGGACACCAAGCAGCAGGAGCACAUCUACUCUGAGAAGAGGAUCUUGGAAGAGCUGUGUUCUCCCUUCAUUGUGAAAUUAUAUCGUACUUUCAAGGAUAAUAAAUAUGUAUACAUGCUUCUGGAGGCCUGCUUGGGUGGAGAGCUGUGGAGCAUAUUAAGAGACAGAGGCAGCUUUGAUGAACCCACCUCCAAAUUCUGUGUGGCUUGUGUGACAGAAGCAUUUGAUUACCUGCAUCGACUAGGUAUUAUCUACAGAGACCUGAAGCCAGAAAACUUAAUUCUAGAUGCUGAGGGUUACCUCAAAUUGGUUGACUUUGGGUUUGCUAAGAAAAUAGGUUCUGGACAGAAAACAUGGACAUUUUGUGGGACUCCAGAGUAUGUCGCUCCUGAGGUCAUUCUCAACAAAGGACACGACUUCAGUGUGGACUUCUGGUCACUGGGAAUUCUGGUGUAUGAGCUCCUAACGGGCAACCCACCCUUUUCUGGGAUGGACCAAAUGAUGACCUACAAUUUAAUUCUCAAAGGGAUUGAGAAAAUGGAUUUUCCGAGAAAGAUAGCAAGAAGACCUGAGGAUUUGAUUCGGAGGCUUUGCAGGCAAAAUCCAACAGAGAGACUGGGAAAUCUGAAGAAUGGAAUCAAUGACAUUAAGAAGCACAGGUGGUUAAACGGCUUCAAUUGGGAGGGACUGAAAGCACGGAAUCUCCUCUCACCUUUACGAAGAGAGCUCAGUGGACCCAUAGAUCACAGCUACUUUGACAAGUAUCCUCCCGAAAAGGGAGUGCCUCCGGAUGAGCUGUCAGGCUGGGAUAAAGACUUCUGAUGGAAGAAACGAUGCUUUCUGCUGAGACACCACGGAAGACGAUAAGGAUCAAUAAUCCAACCCUGGUUUUUUUCUGUCUUCAGAGUAUUGUAAUAUCUUUUGGAAGACCGUUAGCAAAAAGAAAUCUCUGCACAAGAGAUGGAGGAGAGUGGUAUGGAUGUGGUUCUGAAUUAUGUCUCUUUUGGAUGCUAUGAAUUAUUCAUGUAUUCCAUUCCAUGCUUGUCUCAAAUAUGAAAGGAUAACCCCUUCUUUCCACCAUCAGAACCGUUUUUGUUGAAGCAGCAUAGUGUUUUUUUGUUUUACUGAAACCUAUUUUUCCUUCCCAAUCAUAGUAUUUUCUUUUGAAUCCUAACAAGGUUUAACAAGUGUCUUGGUUUCUGAGCAAGUAAAUCGUACAAAGUGAAGGAAUAGAGUGAAUUUUGGAACAUUUUCCCAGCGCUCACCAAUUCCAUGUACACACCGUGUCAUCAUAACAUGGUGGUUUGCAGAAAGCUUUGUAAUUCUUAGAAGCUCUUGACUCUCAUCUGCUUUUAACCUAGAAACAUACUAAAAUACUUCUGAUAUUAGUCUGAGGAAAGGCAGGUUUGAAUAUUACAGAGUGACACUUCUUCCUAAAACAAAUGAACCAAUUAAUCCAACCAGGUAAUUAUAUUCUAAUGGGGACCUUAUAAAAAAUAAAUGAAAAACAAUCUUUCUUUCUCCUGUAAUUGCUGUGAUACCUCAGAAAUUUUUUCAUAAGCCUUGUUAAAAGUGGGUAUAAUGUGUGGUUAAAGUGUGGGACUUGAGAAGAAUUUAUCUUAGGAACUAAAAUGUUUCUCUAAGAAAGUAGACAAGAUUGGGAAAAAAUUUUGAAGACUCUUCCUUCCCUUUAAUGAUAAGGAGAAUAAAAUCUAUCAAGUAUGUGGACUCUGAAACUCUGAAAUAAUUUUAGCUAAUUUUUAUUGUUGCCCCCCAAAAAAGUACAGAAUGACCCUCAUCAAUUUUUAAUGUAUAGCCCAUUGGCAAAUGUCUAUCUGCUGUACUCACUGUAGAAUUAAUGGCUCAUUUUAAAGACAGCUGAAUCAUGGAUAUGUUUAUAAUUUUAACACGUGCCAUUGGAGAAGUGGUAAGAUUUUCGACAUGCACCUGGCGUCUGGCCUCCUCCUGGCAAUCUUCCACAGAGUGACUAGAAUACUUUUCCAUAGUGUUGGAAUACUGAAGAACCUGACAGGUCAAUGUUUUCAUGUGUUGGCCAUGGUCACUCAGGAGAGUGACCUCCUUUCAAAAUAGAUGGGAAGCAGAGCUUUCUCUGUAUCUUUAAAUCUGACAUUAAAAAAAUCUAAAAUUCUAGCAUUAUUCAAAUUUAUGGUUAUAUUUUUAUAUGAUAAUAGUUGAUCGAAAAGCAACAUCUACUCCUCCACACACAUUUUCGCCAUUUGGAGAGUCAGCUCUCUGCUUCCUGAAGACUUGAACCAGACAAGUGAGGCUUAACUCAAGAGAGCACAUCCUUCAUAAAUGAGUUUCCACAUUCAGAGUCCUUUUGCUGAACCAAAGAGAUUUUGUUUCCUGGAGUAGUAUUUUUUAAAGAUUAAGUUUUGUACAUAGAAGAACCAUUUUUAAUAGGAUUGUCAUAACCUGCUUAAAGAAUUUCUAAACUUUAUAAAAUAUUUUUAUU